UCCAUGGAUAAAAAGAGAUCGUAUAUUUUCUAAGAUAGUUGAGUUACUUGUCGCAAUUUAUAAGUGUUAGCACGUACUGAAUCACAUCAGUUACAUUCUAAACUUCACCAAGAAUACUCGUCAUAAUGAAACAAAAAUGGACGUUAAUCGUCCCUGUGAUAUUUUUAUUGUCACCAUUGACGUUACAACUUAAUUUAUUUAAUCGAUUUCAUUUAACACAAAUGGUUAAAGGACACCAUAACAAUGAAUUUGGCGCGAAAUAUAAAUACGAAAUCAAAACUUUUGAAGUUCCUGUAGAUCAUUUUAGUUUUGCAGUAAAAGAUAAAUUUAACAUCCGAUAUCUCGUUAACGAUACAUGGCGACGCGGGAACAAUGCACCUAUUUUUUUUUACACGGGAAAUGAAGGUGAUAUCGAAGUUUUCGCCGAAAAUACGGGAUUUAUGUGGGAAAUAGCACCGGAAUUUGGUGCAAUGGUGGUUUUUGCAGAGCAUCGAUAUUAUGGUUCAUCCAUGCCAUUUGGAAAUAAAUCAUUUACCAAUCCUGCACAUUCUGGAUAUUUGACCUCCCAACAAGCUAUUGCUGAUUACGUUGAUCUUAUCGAAUAUUUGAGAUCAAAUGAGGUCAGAAAGCACAGUCCUGUUAUUGUUUUCGGUGGUUCAUACGGCGGUAUGCUCAGUGCAUGGAUGCGUUUGAAAUAUCCUCACAUUGUUCAAGGAGCUAUAGCAGCGUCAGCUCCGAUUUUACAAUUCACUGGUAUUACUUCUUGCGAAUCAUUUGCACGCAUAGCAACGUCCAGUUAUCGUGCGGCAGAUGAAGCGUGUCCGAAAUUAAUUAAAAGAUCAUGGAAUGUAAUAACUAAUCUCACGUCGAACGACGAGGGUAAAAAAUGGUUGUCAGACAAUUGGAAAUUAUGUAAGCCGCUUAAAAAUUCAACGCACGUUGAGGAAUUACAAGCUUUCUUGGAAGAUGUUUAUGGAAAUAUCGCGAUGGUUAAUUAUCCGUACGAAACUAACUUUCUAGUACCAUUGCCUCCCAAUCCUGUAAAAGUUUUCUGCAGUCAUUUAACGAACUCGUCAUUAACAGGAAAACCAUUGUUAACUGCAUUGUACAAAGCAUUAAGUAUUUUCACGAAUUAUACUGGUCAAGCAACUUGUACGGAUCCAACGAAUACUUCAGGAAACUUAGGAGCCGAUGCUUGGGAUUAUCAAGCAUGCAGUGAAAUUGUUACGGUCCUUUGUAGCGAUGGAGUUAACGACAUGUUUAGAUUUGAACCUUGGGAUAUUAAAAAGAUAAGCGACGAAUGUUUUAAGAAAUAUGGUAUACGUUCCAAACCAUAUAUGGCUUGUAAAGAAUAUGGUUGUAAGAAUCUUUCAACCGCGACUAAUAUUGUUUUUAGCAAUGGAUUGAUAGAUCCAUGGUCAGGUGGUGGCGUAUUAUGGAAUUUGUCUUCCUCCGCAAUUGCUGUGAUUAUUCCCGAAGGUGCUCAUCACAUUGAUUUGAGAGCUAGCAAUCCUAGAGAUCCUUACAGUGUUACAUUAGCAAGAGUAUAUCAUCGUAAUUUUAUAAAACAGUGGAUCAAGGAAUAUCAAGAACAGAAACAUAGAAUAUUGGUAACAUAAUUUUCUUUUCUUUUCUUUCUAAUAGAUGCUGUUUUAUGCGAAAGUAGUUCUAUAUAAAACAACUGUAUGUGUAUAUGUCAUCGUUAAAUUUUAUUUUUUAAAUUAUAAAUACAAAGGCAGCAUACGCAGACAAUUAUAAUUAUUAAAAUCUAAUUAUCGUGAUUCUUAUAUUACGUGUAAAUAAAGUGCAGAAAAAGAAAAACAUUCGAAAUAAUA